ACGACAGACAAGAGACAGCGAUGAACCUGUCUGCCUCCACUAUUAGCAGCAUCAACAUGUCGAUGGAAGUAAAUGGAGUUGUGUACGCAGGUGUGUUAUUCGCCCACAGAGCAACGUCAUCUACAGGGACAAGCACAAGCUCCGUCAAUAACAAUGAGCACUCCAGUCAAUCUACAGCACAAAUUCCUCCACAGUCAUCAUCAUCAUCACAAGGACACCCUCCACCCAGUGAGCCCGCGCAGACCCUCAUCCAGAGCCCCUAAAACCUUACAUCCUCAUCCAAAGAGGGUGGGCUUCUUCGGAGGUGAGGAGGACUCUACUUGCAGGUGAAUUAUGCAUAGACAGGUGUGGGGCCGAACAAUGCGGGACUGUGCCAGCUGGAUGUGUCUCUCUGACUUCCUUCUGCUUCAGCCAUACCUGCAGCUGAUGAGAACAUGGCCUUUCGCAUUCAGUUGACCACCUGCUUCAACCACCCUACCUCUAACCAACCCACCUGGAGUAUAUCGUACCAAAGAUUGAGCCAGGUGACCUUACCUCUGUACAGAAACCCAGAUACACAUUGCCUCCGCCACCAGGAAGCCCCCUAUUCUUCUGGGCACAGGGCAUCGGCAUCAUUGCUUUUCAAGAGGUCAAGUCCAGCAUUUAACCAAUGGAAAAGACGAAUUCAUAAAUUGUAGCUUUUACCAAAGAUGAUAAAAGAGUUAAUUUAUUCAGUCUUAACAUAUGGAGUAGAGUAGAUAAGAGUGUUUUUUUUAUAUUAUUGUUAUUUUAAUCUGUGUUUGUGGAAUGAAUGCCCUCAAAGCAAUGGCCUCUGAGUUACUAUGAAAUCGUCCAGUGGAGAUCUCGAGUGACAGCGGUGAAGAUGAAGACAAGUCACUACUGGAAAAACACUGGAGACAACCAAAGAGUCAGCUCAGCUUUCUCCAGGAAGAUAAAGAACUAUCACAUUUACCUCAGACAGCAGUAGGCAAGGCCAAAAGAGAGGAAAUGGGGUCCAUCCAGAGACCCUUAACUCAACGGGAUGGAAGGUCCACCUGCUGUUUAUCAACAUGAUCCCUGGUGUACUGUGGAAAAAUGUAACGUCGGUCCUCGUGUCAUACUCCCAUGGAGCCUACAUGUAUUAGGAUGAUGGUGCCAGUACACAAUCGAGAAAAACGUAGGAAGGGAGGAUAAAAAAUAAGAUUUGCUUUCAGUGUAUGCAUUAGUUUGUGGUCAGGAGGACACCGGUGCUGGGACCUGGGCAACACACCUGGGACUUUUACAACAUUUAUGGAAUAUAACAUAAUUGAGUACAAAUAGGGUUAUCAAAAGGGAAAGAUCUAAACCUAUAAUCUGACACAGGAACUGCACCAGUUCCCUCGUUCUUAGACUGAAGUGUGACAUGCCCGAUCCUUGCUUCUCAGACAGGAAAAGUUGGGGAACAGUUGAGCAGUCGACAUACAUUGUUAGUGGGAUCCACCAAAACAAGUCCCUAUAUGCUACAAGACACAACUGUAGGAAUUACAGGUCCUUAGACUCUCUACGAGAACCAGUGAUAGGAAAACCAGCCCAUAGUCCCAACAAAAGACCUGUCUCUUUGAAGUCCUAGCAAUAGGCAAGACAAACUCUUAUGCUCUGCGAGAACCAAUUGUAGAAAUGACAAGUCUAUAGACUCUCUGCAAGAAACAGCUGUAGGAUGACAACCAGCCCAUAGACCAAACAGAGGAACACCUGUCCUUAGACUCGAUAAAGACCCAGCAGUAGGAAAGACAAACUCUUACGCUCUGCGAGAACCAAUUGUAGAAAUUACAAGUCUUUAGACUCUCUACAAGAAACAGCUGUAGGACGAUUACCAGCCCAAAAACCCAACAGAGGAACACCUGUCCUUAGAUUCUAUAAAGACCCAGCAGUAGGAAAGAAAAACCUUACGCUCUACGAGAACCAAUUGUAGGAAAGACAAGUCCUUAGACUCCACACCAACUGUGGGGAAAGACCAGACCUAAUAAGAGUUAACAAUUGGAAAGGCCAGACCUUGGACUGUACAAGAGCAGUCUGUAGACUUAACAGCCAGGUCCUUAGACUUUUUGAGACCCAUCUGUGGGAAAAUCUGCCAAUAGACUCUAUAAAAACCAAAUAUGAAAAGUCCUUAUACUCUGCAAGACCAAAUUGUAGGGAAAACCAGUCUUCGAACUGAACUCGAAAGGACCAAGUGUCAAUAAGGACCUGUCUUUAGACGCAAUUGUAGGAAAGACCAGUCCCUAGGCUUUACAAGACUAAACUGUUAGAAAGAACAGCCCUCAUACUCUUAAGGGAUCCAACAUCACCAAGAUCUGUCUUUAGGUUUUCAGAUACCUGACCAGAUGAACGUGGAGUCCUUACUCUCUACAAGACCCACCUGUAGGAAUGUCAGGUACUUAGACUCCACGAAACCCAACUUCAACUAAAAACCAGUCCUCAAGACACAUCAAUAAAGACUUUCCCUUAUACCGUACAAGUCAUAUAUGUAGGAAAGUCAAGACCUUCGGUUAUGUGAACCAGUUGUCGGAAUCACAGGUCCUUGGAUACCAGCAGCAUUGGACCUGGUGACCUAUUCACGUGUCAAAUGUUGCCCAUAACAAUCAGAUUGUAAGAACAACAUAAUAGGAAACUUAUUUUC